AUGAGCGGAACAAAGCGGGAGCGCGGCGGGGGCGCGUGGGGCGCGGAGAGUAGCGGUCCGGGAGGACGCAGCGGAGCUGGCGGAGCGGGGGGAGCGGGGGGGAGUUCGGCGGGGGCGGGCGGGGAGAAGAAGGUAAAAGUGAUGCAGCGCGGGCACGGCAUUGCUCACCUGGAGAAGCUCCGCCUGCAGGAAUUGCGCAACGCGGAACUAGAGCGGUCGCAGCAGCAGCAACAACAGCAGCAGCAGCAACAGCAGCAGUUGCGACAGCUUCAGCAGCAGGAUCCCUCAAGCCUCCUAACCUCUUCCGCGGCCCUUCAAGCCCUGGGCCUCGGCGGACUAUUCCCCUUACCUCCCUCCGUCGCUUCCUCCUCUCUCGCGUCGCCCUCUGCCCCUUUGGGGCCGCUUUCCGACAACCUCGCGACAGCGGCGGCGGCGGCGGCGGCUGCGGCAGCCGCGUCCGAUCCGCUAUUGAGUAUCGCUGCUAGAAGGCAACUAUCGCUACUUGCCGCGUCGCGAUCGUUAUCUAGCGACUUCGCGGAUCGAAUGCGCGUGGGCGGGGACCGAUCCGUGGUGGGCGGAGGGAGCGGGGCGGGCGGAAGCUUGGGCGGGCUGGGCGCAGCGGUUGGGGGCCUGAGCGGAACGACGGGGAGCAGUCCGGGCGGACACGAGCGGGUUCCGCUCGACGUGGUCAUGGCAGCUUCGGCAGGCGCAGCUUUGGGUAGAGAGGGAUUUCACAGGCUCGGCGGAGGCUUGGGCGGAGGUUUGGGCGGAGGCUUGUUUGGCGCAGGCGGAUUAGGGCUAGACGGAGGAUUGGGCGGAGGGCUGGGCGGAGGCGUAGCGGGAACGCGGGGAGGGACCGCGAGCGAAGGGGGCGCGGGGUUUGGUAGUAUCUUCGGCGGGGGGUUGAGGGGGGCGGCGGUGGCGGCGGCCGCGGCAGCUGCGCACGCGGCGAGUUCGGGAAGAGGCGGCACGGGCGGGGCGAUGCAGUCGCUAAGCGAGUUCGCUAUUCGGCGGCUUCAGAUCCUGAACGAUUUGCGGCAGGUGGAAUCAGCAGGCGGGGGAUCGAAUCUCGACGCGGGGGCGUUUGGCGGAGCAGGGGGACCGGUAGGGGGAUCUGUGGCGAUCGGCGCAGGGUACAACUCGUGGGAGGUAGACAGCAGCUCGCGCACCCCCGGGCCCCGCGGAACAGCGCUGGGCGCAGCAUCAGGCGUAGCGCCGGGGGGAGCGUCAGUGGGACCGCCCCGGGGAACGUUGGGGGGAACGCUAGGCUCCGCGGCAGGAGGGGGUCCUGCUGAGGCGGGUUCUUCCCGCGGGCUGUCCAAUCUCGCGUCAGGCGCGUGCGCCGGCGGGGGAAGCGCGGAGAUGAGCGCUGGCGGAGCCGGUGGAAGCGGAGUGGGCGCGGGGGGCGCGGGUUUGAGUGCUGGGGGAGGCGGUAGUUCCGGGGCCGCGGGGGGGAGCUCGCUUUCUGCGCGUCUGCCCAGCGCCGUGCCUCUCUCCGCCAGUGGCGCGGGGCUGGGGCCCUCGGCCUCCCCAUUCUCCCCUGCUUCUUUAGCCGACUCUGUCCUUUGGAAUCGCCUCAAGGGGGAAUCUCAUUUGAAAGAUUCGGCUUUAAGUGAUUUGAAAGCAGCGGAGUUGGCUUUAAGGGACGUGAAAGCGGAUGACUUGGGUCAGUUACGGGGGUUGGAAGCGGCUCACGCGGCGAAAGCGGCACAAGAAGCAAUUGCGGCGCAAGGAGCAAGAGCGGCUCAAGAGGCGAAAGCAGCGGAGCUGGCUUUAAGGCUGCAGCUGGAGGGAAGGUUGGGACCGCAGGAGGCAGCACGGCAGCUGGAAGGGAUUGGCAGUCAAGGGGACCUGGCUUUAAGGCUGCAGCUGGAGGGGCGGCUGGGACCGCAGGAGGCAGCACGGCAGCUGGAAGGGAUUGGCAAGCUAAGGAUGGAGAGGAGAGAGAGAGGAGGGGAAAAGAAGGGGGUGGUUGAGGAGGGGAGGAGAGUGGAGGAGACGAGAGAGGAGGGGAGGAGGGGGAACGAGGGGAGAAGAGUUAAAGAGGAAAGGGAGGUGGAAGGCUGGAGGCCAGGCGGGGAAAAGGGAGCAGUGGAGACGGAGGAAAGGAGAUCAGUGGAGGACGUGAGGGCUGCAGAGGAGUUGAGGGCGGUUGAGAGGUUGAGGAGCAACAUGGCCAAGUGCUUGGGGGAGGAGGUGGCUCGACGGGUCGUUGCCGCCAUGCAGUCUCAGGAAGAGGAGUGCGCCAGGCAGAUUCGCGAGCUGCAUCAAUUGCAUGAGAAGCAGCGGCAGCUCCUCUCUCAGCUACAGCCGGCAGUCGUACCCCAUCCCUCCUCCACCCCAACCUCCUCCCUUCCCUCCCCUGCUGCUGCUGCUCCCUCAACCUCUCUCCAUAUGGGUGGAGCAGAAGCAACAGCAACAGCAACAGCCCCCCCUACUACUCGCCCUUCCGCCCUCUCUCCUACCGUUCCCGCACCUCUUUCCCGCAGCAGACCCACACCCACGUUCAACCCGCCUGAGAGCUGGGCGCGGGCUGCCUAUGCCUGCAACGGUGCUCCGGACUUAAACGCGGAUCCCGAGGCUGAUCCUAGUAGCAUCAGAAAGAGGGAUCGUGUGGACUUCAAUAGAUUAGAGAACGAUGGGAGAGGUGAGAGAGAGGAAGGAGAAGAUCGGGAGUCGGAGAGGUGUGGAAAGAAGGGUAGAGGAGGCUUGGAUUUCGACCUGGAGUCCGAACCUGCUGCUGAGGCUCGGGCUGAUGAGGGUCGGUCAGGGUUUGAUCUGGAGGCUGUUCCAACGGCUGAGAUCGGCGAUGGAGCGGGCAGACGAUCUGGACGGCAGGGGCUGGAUUUGGAGCAGGAUCCGACGGUUGAGGUUGCUUCGGAGCAAGAUCUACGGAUGGGAUCGCAAGAAAGUGGUUUGCACUGUUCCACAACCGAAUCUGCGAGAGCAGAUAGGACGGGGACAGGGCUGGGCUCUGGUACGGCUGUUUCCGAACCUGGUGACCCUAGAAGCUACCUCUGA